UCUGUUCCGAUCGUCGAGGGUGGUGAAGAUGCAUAUCCCAGACACAUCCCGCAAAUAUACUCCAGAGGAAAAAGAACAGCUGCUCCAGAAUCUUGACAUUGAAGUUGAACACCGUGUUCGCCAACUCGAGGAAUGGCUUGCAGACGCACUCAAAAACUUUCGGCUUCACCAAGAAGGGCUCAUCGCCCGCAUUCCCAAACUCGUGCGCGGUGUUACCAUGGGCGAGUUUGCAGAUACAUACGAUGGCAAUAUUCAAGCGUGUCUACGUGGUCUCGUGGGCGGUGCUCCACCAAACCUCGAGAUCGACCGUGAGACUCGCAAACGCAAGUGGGAGGAGGCUAGUGAAGGUGAGCGCGCUGUUAAGAAUGCGAGGAUGAUGCAUGUCACUCCCAAGAAGAAGCCUCCUCCUGCUAACACAGGAACUGCACAGCGCGCCCGCACAUUCUCUGCGGCAGUUCCGCGUACCCCCGGGCAACUCCGUCCAACCUUUCGUUUACCCUCUGUCAGUCCGCAGAAGCCAUCUGCCCUCCGAACAUCUCCCUCUAAAUUACAUGCUCCAUCGCCACUCAAAGCCCCCGCUUAUCCCACCCUCCGUGCACCCCGCCGCGACGAGAGCAUGCUUAGUCUAAACGGGUCUCCACUAGCUAACCCGUAUAAGCUCGGCUUGGAGUGGUUUGCUACCGAAGAGGAAGAGGAGGGUAUUGAUAACAUGGACGUGAAAACCAAAGGCAAAGGAAAGGGGACGCAGGUAGAUACGCGAGGCGAAGGCAAGACUCUAAGACGCGUAAACAGCAUAGUUAUACGACGUGAUCCAUCCGUCUCACUCGUCCCUUCAUCUUCCACUGAGACCACGCACUUACGAGCCAACUCUCAAACUCAAAACCAUAACCACACGCACUCACGCACGGCAGCUCGUGUCCCGGAGCCACCGGUGCACAAACCCGCUACACCUUCUCUGCUGCCUUCCAGCUCGCUCUCGUCCCUCCCUUCCUCGUCCUCUGCCCGCGCAGUGGUUGCGAUCUCAACUUCCGAUGGACACGUCCUCGAGUUCGACCCGCUACAAACAUCGCCGCGCGCACUCAAUGCACUCGUAGGCAUCACCGACAGCGCAAAGAAGCAAGCACGUGAGGAGAUGGGGCGCUUGGUGCAGGCUGCGGUGAACAAGUGGAGUAUCGCGUAGCGCGGCUCAGCGGACGUCUGCUUUACGCGUCGUGCGAGCCCGCGUUAGGGGUGGCGCCAAAUUGUGACGCCGUGUCGCUCAUAUAGCAUUAUGUAUAGAUUUUCGAUUCAUUAUUCGCCUUGCUAACGCACCUGUUGAACCCGACAUUCCAUCGCAUGUUCCUGUUAUUUAUUUCGCAUAUCAAGCAUCGGUGUAAAGAUGUAGCGCUAGCAUAUAAACCUAUGGACACUAUUUAUGUCGAGGGACAAAUAGAUAUUAUCUUGAAAACUUAAGUGAAUUCUGC